UGAGAAAUAUAAACGUGGAGAGCAGUAGCUCAACUGAUGUUCAUCUUUGGCUUCCCUACCCCUGCCCCUACCACAGGGCCUGACGCAGAAUAAGUACUAAGUCAACAAUGAUGAAGAUGUCAUGGCACCCCCAGUACCGGAGCUCCAAGUUCCGCCACGUCUUUGGCAAACCAGCCAGCAAGGAGAACUGCUACGACUCAGUGCCCAUCACCCACAGCGUCCACGACAAUCACUUCUGUGCCGUGAACCCCCACUUCAUUGCAGUGGUGACUGAGUGUGCUGGUGGGGGGGCCUUCCUCGUCAUCCCCCUGCACCAGACGGGAAAGUUGGACCCCCACUACCCGAAGGUCUGCGGGCACAGAGGGAACGUCUUAGACAUCAAAUGGAACCCUUUUGAUGAUUUUGAGAUUGCCUCCUGUUCUGAAGAUACCAUGAUUAAGAUCUGGGACAUCCCCAAGCAGCUGCUGUCAAGGAACCUCACAGCCUGCAGGAAGGAGUUGGUGGGCCACUCCCGCAGAGUGGGCCUGGUGGAGUGGCACCCCACGGCUGCCAACAUCCUCUUCAGCGCUGGCUACGACUACAAGGUGAUGGUCUGGAACCUAGACACAAAGGAGUCUGUAAUCAAGAGCCCCGUGAAGACAAUUGACUGUCACCAAGAUGUGAUCCUCUCCAUGUCCUUCAACACCAAUGGCAGCCUGCUGGCCACCACCUGUAAAGACCGCAAGAUUCGGGUUCUCGACCCCCGAGCAGGGUCCGUCCUUCAGGAAGCCAGCUACAAGGGGCACCGGGCCAGCAAAGUGCUGUUUCUGGGGAACCUGAAGAAGCUGCUGUCCACAGGCACAUCCCGAUGGAACAACCGGCAGAUGGCCCUGUGGGACCAGGACGACCUCUCAGUGCCUCUCACAGAGGAGGACCUGGACGGCUCCUCAGGCGUACUGUUUCCCUUCUAUGACACAGACACCAACAUGCUCUACGUGGUGGGGAAGGGAGACGGGAACAUCCGCUACUAUGAGGUGAGCGCCGACAAACCUUACCUGAACUACCUGACCGAAUACCGCUCCUAUCACCCACAGAAGGGGAUUGGUGUUAUGCCAAAGAGAGGUCUCGACGUGUCCUCCUGUGAGAUCUUCCGUUUCUACAAGCUGAUUACAACCAAAAGCCUCAUCGAACCCGUAUCCAUGAUUGUGCCCCGGCGGUCAGAAUCCUACCAAGAAGACAUCUACCCGCCCACGGCAGGGGCUCAGCCCUCUCUGACAGCCAGGGAGUGGCUCAAUGGGAUGAAUAAAGAGCCAGUCCUGGUGUCCCUUAGGCCCGGCUCUGAGCUGCUGAGCCCUCGACCUCUGCCGCCAGAGAGACCCCUCCUCAAGCCCGUGGUCCCUGCCUCGCCCCAGCUCUUCAACCAGACAGAAAAGCUGGUUGCAAAAGAUGGUCGGAGGCCAUUCUCUCUACUGGAAGAAAAGGCGCCAAGGUGGGCGGCAGAACACAAGCUGGAGGAGAAGAAAACCUGGCUCACAAAUGGCUUUGACAUCUUCGAAUGCCCUCCACCAAAGACAGAGAAUGAGCUGCUACAGAUGUUCUAUCGGCAACAAGAAGAAAUCCGAAGGCUCCGGGAGCUGGUGACCCAGCGUGAGGUCCAGGCCAAACAAUUGGAACUGGAGAUCAAAAACUUGAAGAUGAGCUCAGAAUGGUUCUGAGCAAAGGUCUCUGCCCUCCCCUCCCUCAGGGACACCACUCGGCUCCAUGGGGAGGUCCAGAGCCAAACCACAAGUCCCUGGAGAACAACCACUAUUUCUAUAUUUUUUAUCAGAAAACGAAACUCAGUCGCUGAAAAGAUUCCAGUGGGACACGGUGCCGUUUUUCUCUUUGCCUUCUCGAAACAACGGUGUCUGAAUUGACUCUGUUUAGAUGAUACCUUGCCUUCUGUUUAAUUCUGUUUGUAUGAGUCCACGAUGAGCUAUAUUCCCAAGGAAAAGAACACUGUAGAAAGUUAAAGCUGGAAGGUGAACCUGCCUGUGAUUGUCAAACAGUGGCCCACAGAAUAGGGGGAAAGCUAAGGAGGGCCGUGCUUCCCACAUUCCACCCAGACAGCUCCUUUUCUUUUUUGUUUUAUAUAAUAGCUUCUACGGAAUGCAUAAUUCUGCUACUCAAAAAAAUUUUAAGUUUGAAAAGCAGUGAUUGGCCCAACUUCCUCAUUUACAGGUGGGGAAACUGAGUCCCAGAGAGAAGCAAGUGAUGACGGUCCCCAGAGAGUUCAUGGAAGAUCUGGGCUGAGCUCCUAGACUCCUGGGUCUGUCUUUCUGCUGUUUCUGGUCUGAUGCAGGUCUUGGCCCACAGAACAGGAAUCCAUUGGUUCUGGCCUCAGCCGCACUCUUGACUUGCACAGUGACCUCUGGCAAGUUGUUCCCUUUCCAGUCUCAUUUUUCCCAUCUGAACAAGGGGGAAGUCUACCAUCUGAGACAAGAAAUGUUGGCCUUGACCUGAGGAAAACUACAUAUAGAGUGAUGAUCUGGGUUUGCUGCAGAGACUCAGAAGACAUUGUCAAAGGGGCAGAGGGCAUUUAACUUCAGGGAAAGAAGUCAAGGUUCAGCCCAAUUUUAGAACACAGAUAGGAAGCCAAACCUAUCCUUACUUCAACCAGAAUCAGCUGCAUAUGGGUAGACACUCCCUUAUGUGGGACACAGACAUCAGGGUGGUGCCCACGACCAGUAGUGCCCAUGACCACUGAUUGCUACCAAAGCCCUCCAGUCACAGAGCCUGCCUCCUCCGGGAUGAUGCAGGUUGAUGUCAGCCCAAGGUAACAGAGGAGGCCCACAGGAGGGAGGGAGCCCUAGCACUGGCAGUAUGCCUGCAGAAUCCCCUGGCUGCCCGAGAGUGAAGGCUUCUGGAGAAGGACGACUGCACCAGGCAAGGAAGUAGGACCAUAUUGCUCUGAAGUUCCCUUCCAGUUCGAGAGUUUUUGUGUCCUUCCUUUGCAAAUCUGUGUUCUGACCCCUUCUCUGGGAUUCAGUGGCCCAGCUAGAGACGGGGAAUGUUGGAAGUUAAACAUAUCCUCCUGACUGAGGAGGUGCAGACAGUCAGUUUUGCCUACUGGAAAGGGCGAUCCUAGAGCUAGGAUGGGGGCUGCAGGAGGCCACCGGCCUGGUAAGUUUGAACCCAGGCUGUAUGUUAGAAUCCUGGAGUGUUCAGGAAAUACAGAUGGCCAGGUCCAACCUCAGAGCCUACCGAAGCUGAAUCUUCGGAGUUUAAAAUUAUGUUUUUAUAAGCUCCCAGGUGAUUCAGUAAUACUGUGCAAGUGUGGACCCGCUGGGCUAGUCCAUCUGUAUCUAUCUACAGAGAAGUUGAAAACAAGGAACACCAGACAGGAGCUGGGGCUCCAACCCUGUCCUCUCAAGUUCUGGCUAGAGACUCCUAAAAUCAGGAAGCCUUGUCCCAAGCCCUCCCUCAGGUCUCUGCCCCCUCCCACUCCCACCCCUCCACACGUGCCCGGGCUGCAGCUGCAGUGUGAUGGGGGCUCUGUGCUCCUGACUGCCCCCACCCCUGGCCAUGGCUGUGUCCCCCUGUCCUACGGCAUGCGUAAAACUCCCCAGUUCCUUGUCUUGUCCUCCAUUUACUCAGUCACUGGGGCCCGCCAAGCUUGCCAAAGAACAAACCCUGGCAUUGUCAGGGAAGCAGAGCUCCAAUGGAUGGGGUACCUUUCCUGCCUCGUUUGUGGCCAGCACUUCAGUUUACAAAGCCCUCCCACUUCCACUUACUGAUAUAUCCUACUCUAACAUGGGUCAGGCAGGCAUCAUUAUCCCCAUGUUCAAGAGGGUACAGAGCUGUCCCUUUUCAAGUUUUCCCCACCCCAAAGAAACCCAGACCUCAUGCUUAGAAAUAAGCUGAAGGCAUCCAUGAACAAACUUGUUUUGUUUCUUUCUUCUUUUUUCUUUUUUACAUCUAGAGUAUAUUAUUUAAAUUAUUUUACAACAAGGGAGAGGGGUAGGUAAUUUUUAUCAGAUAUUUUUUUAAGCCAUUUUUUAAAAUUAUGUUUUUGUUUAUGUUCUUUAUUGAUGAAGUGGAACUUGCCCCUCAUUUGCGGGGCCAAGCCCUCUGGCUCAGGGCAAGCAGAAUGUGCACUCAUGUCCUUACUCCACGCCCUGGAAGCCCCCCGACUGUUGACUCAAGAAUUUCCGAGAAUGAAGACAGCACUGGGGGUUGAGCUUUGGGGUGUAUCCACCUUAGUGCUAUAAUAAUUAUUCUUCCUGGAACGAAACUUGAGAUUGUAUCACAGAGGGAAGCAGGAAGUCAGAAAUUGAUCUAUGCUUUUUAAACCGUGCCUGAAACAGUUUGAUUAUUUUAAUGUUGUUUCUGAAAUUCCUUGUACCUUUGUUAAAAAAAAAAAAAAAAGUGAAAAUAAAUAGAUGUGGAAUCGU